AUGUUUGAAACGCCAAACGGACGAGGCGAAGUUUAUGGAUAUGGUAGCCGUCGUGGAGGGAGGGGCGGAGGAAUGGUCGGUCGUAAGGAUGGUGGAAGAGGUAGAGAAACUCUCGAUGAGAGCCAGAUCAUAGGCGGUGUUUACCGCGACGCCAAUCUGAGCGAGCACGGAAGAGGAAGAGCGAUGGGCGGAGGAGCAGAUGGUACUAGACAACACUUGUCUCAGAUCCGAGGUGGUACUUUCGGUGUACUUCGAUUUACGACUCACACAAACAUACCUGGAGCACGAUCAACACAGACGACCAGAGGGUACAAAAACGCCAACAACGAGGCAGAAGAUGAUAAACAGCUUAAUCAGCGACAAAAUGCAAGCGCCAAGGGCAUCGUGAGCAAGAGCAAUGAGAAUAGAACACCCCAUCUGCCAGGCACUGUAAUCCAGAAGAAGACCCCGGGAACACACUUGUUUUCAGACGUUGCAAGAGCCAACAUACCCGAGCUGAACGAUACCAGUAAGAGUAGAACGAACUUUGGUGGCAUACCACCAUUAAGGCAAACCGACGGGAUUGCAUACACUCCUGCUCUACAGCCAAUAUCACGUAAGGGGCCUAUUAUAGAAGGAGGCAGUGACGAAGAGGUUCUCGUGCCAAUCAUACAACGUGCAAUUGGUAUGCCUCGCAAGGUCUCACCACCCUCGAUGCUGCCACAAAAGGUUUUUCGGCCUGUCAAACAGCCAGCCACUGCUUAUGCUUCUCUACAAGAGUUUUUCCAACGCUCUGGGGGAGCAGCUACAUCGCAAGAUACUCCGUCAGGACGAUACACACGGCUUGCGUCCACCAGCUCAUCUGGGUCACCAACCUCCCAGCCAGCGCAGCCUCCUGCAGCGUUGAUUCCACCAUCGAGUCCAAUACAAAGAGACGAUAGUAAUCUUUACGAUGAAAACAAAACUGAAGGAGAGAAGGAGAAGAUCUGA